GAUCGGUGCAUGCUCACACAGGCGUCCACACCGACGCCUCUCUCCCUCCCUUGUGUUUUCUUUUCUUACCUUACAAUUGAGUCAUGCUCGGCUGCGCGGUGUCCGACCUCGGCGUUGUGCUGAGCGUGCGCAUUGACGGCCACGUCAGCGAUGCGGCGCUGCUGCGCGGCGUCUCCGUUGACCGCACCGCGAUGGAGGCGUACGAGUCCAAGCCGGAGGUGAAGCCGUCUGACGCGAUGGGCGGCGCAAAGCUGGAUGACGCAGCAGCAGCGGCCGCCGCCACCGCCGGCAUCAACGGCGCCUCGAUCUCGGCGGUGCUGCUGCCGUCACCGAACAGCGAGGACGAGGCGAUGGGCCUUUCGUCGUUCUACGCGUGCACCCCCGCUGACGUCCGCGUGCGGCAGCGCGUCUUCCACUACUUGAAUAUUCUGCCCUUUGGCCUGCAGCGCGCCUCGGACAUCUUCAGCGUUGUCGGCCGGCACACAAACGUAGGGCUGGUGAUCGGCGUGACGGACGACAACCAGUACCGGGUAAUGCCGUACCCGAAUGAGAAGCCGCUGCAGCUCGAGCGGGUGCGCACGGCACCGCAGCUGUCGCACCGCCGUGACACCCCCGUCACCGCCGAGGUGGACCCGGCGUGCCUGCAGCGCAUCCACCGCGAGUCGCACGGCCACCGCGCGCAUCAGAACAUGACGCGCUUUUUUCGCCGCACCGGCGCCCGCUUCGGUGCGGCGGUGCGGGAGUCGAGCUUAAUCAGCGCCGACACCACCACCGUCUUUGCGUCCGUGCUCGGGUCGGCGUCCUCGCCUUCGUCGCGGCUGCUGCCGACUGUGAUGAUGAACGUUGCCGGGACAACCGCCAGCGGCGUCGGGCCCUCGCUGCGUGCCCCUCGUCGUUCGAAUCGAGUGGCGCCGAUCCGUCUUGCGCCGUCGACGGCCACCACGCCCCUUGCCUCGCCGCCGGUGUACACACCAACAUCGUUCCGCGGCAGCGUGGCCAUCCAGCCCCGAUCCUCUGCGGCGGAGCACGUGACGAGCGUGUUGUCCGCCGCCGCAAGUGCCGCGUCGAUGUCGCGACAGAAGCGGGCGUCGUGCGACGAGGGCUCUGCGGGUGCCAGCGGCGCGACGGUGUCCGGCACCGGAAAGCAGGAGGACCUCCCCGAGGUGCUCUACCUCCUGCGUGAUCUGCAACUUCCACCGCCGCUGGCGCUGCACGGGCCGGUUCCACCGCACCGCGUCGGCACCCGCGUCGUCGCCCGUCGCUUCGGCUGCGCAGACGUGCUGCACAUGGGGAUCGUGCUGGCAGCGGACUACGACGUUUCCUACACCAUCCGCUACGACUGCGACGGCGAGGUGGACGUGGGCGUGCUGCACUGCGACAUCCACGCGCUCGACGACGUCGAGGACGACGGCAACGCCGGCCGCGGACGGCGGCAGACACGCGAGCGCAUCGCGGAGCCGUGCCGCGUGCGGGACCGCGUCGUCGUCGACGUCGCACAGCGGGCGCGCCGGGCAGUGGUGAUGGCGGCGGCGGGCAGCGGUCGCUACCACCUCGCCCUCGUCGCUGCCCCCGUCCCGCUGAUUGAGGUGGAGUCACGGCAGAUUCAGUCGGUAGAGCCGAUCCUCUUCGGGGCCAUCUUCGCCCAGCCGCGGUACCUCGCGCUGUUCCGCCGCCUCGACAGCACCGGCAGCGGUCGGGUGAGCUGGAAGGACGUGCGGCACUUCGUGUUGUCCUCCGAGGGCUUUGGGCAGCCGCUAUCCUUUCAGCGGUUGGGUGAGCUGCAGCGAGACAUGCGCAUCCGCAAGCACACAGUGGAGCCGCAGCUGCUCUCGAAGGUGCCGGUGCAGGAGGAGGAGCAGCAGCUGUCGUUCCGCGACUUUGAGUACGUGCUGAUGCGAGUGGAGAAUCUUUUGUGA